CAAACUGUUGAUCCUUCUUCUUUUUUUUACAAAGUUUUUUUUUCGGGCCUAUAUAUUUCCGGAAAGAUUUCCAGCAUUUCCUUUUGUUAUAAAACGGUUCGUCACACGCCUCGCUGGUGACUAUGCUUUCUGCGUGUAUGCAAAUGAGCUGCGCCCGAAAAUUCUCGUCAUAGGCAAUUCUAACAAAGGAGCAACUGCAGACCAGAAUUUGGAGAAAUUCACACGAGAUAUAAAUAUCAAAGAUGAAGACGCCUGGUUUGUCUAUGCUGCUAUUCGCCUGUAUGCUGUUUGUCGCCGGUAUUGGAUCAUGUGCCGCUCUUGACUGCUACACUUGCUCUUUUCCCGCCGGUAAUUGUGGGGAUCCGUUCGACCCGGCCGGCGUGUCGACAAUGACAUGUCCUAGCGGUAAUGUCUGUACGGCCCAAAAGAUAAGUUCUGGUGGCACUGAGCUGUAUUCUAGAAGUUGCACCGAGCCUAGUGGUUGCACACCCGGCUGCAUUACCUCCCCUGAGGCGGGAACCGUAUGCAGUUACUGCUGUAACGAGGAUCUGUGUAACAGCAGAUCUAUUGCGGACGCAGUUGAAGACAUCCUUCACUGCUACCUUUGUGCAUACAGUUCGGAUCCCUCUGCUAGCAACAUCAGCUCCCCAGCGUGUAACGAUCCGUUCGACCCGAACGGCGACGGGGUAGUGCAAUUUCCAUGCGCCGAUGGACAGUGCGGGGUUUUAACGACCAACUACAUGGAGCAAAGCACCCUCAACAGGCUGUGCAUAUCCAACAGCACUUUCCCCGGGGGUGCACCCCUGGGUGUGACGCCCAGAAUAUCACCUGUCAAACCUGCUGCUCUGACAACCUGUGCAACGGGGGACUUGUUGAGGGCGUGGCGACGACGCCCAGCGCGGCGCCCCCACCGACCGCCGGUGCCGGCCAGGCCUCCCUCGCCGCCAUUUUGCUGGUUUCUGUGGGUCUGCUCGUGGCUUUGCGUUAGAUAUUCACACCUUGAGUGUCUUCAUCCGUAGGCCAACACAGAAUUCACUAACCAGACCUAUUUUAAGUGUUUUCAGUAGAAACAGGUUUUUCUUUUAAAUUGUUUGAGGCUUAGAUUUGCUUUAUAAUUGCGAGCAGGCCUUCAGUUACAUGUAAUACUGUCUUUAUUCUGCAAAUUUACGAUUUAGUUCAAAUUUAUUUUCGAUUGAUCACAUGAUCCAUUCUUCUUCGUUUAAUCUAUGGGUAGGCCUAAUACAUUGUAAUGGAUAUCGGCUAGCAAGGUUGCCAAAAGCUAAACGUUGUUUGACUGCUUCACUAUUGGCUGAUGACUCGGAACCAAAUUAAGACAAGAUUUGUGUUCAGCAUGAUUGACUAAAAACAGUAAAGCAAAGUGACUUUAUUACAAAUGCCUGAAGUUUUGGCUAACACUACUGUAAAUGUAGUCCGAUUUUUCAAUAUAAUAUAAGUUGUUACCAAGUUGGAAAAAAAAUAGUUAGUUACAAUUUUCGUUUGGAAAGACAAGGAUGAACUUGAAGCUUUCAGACUGGUUCCCGGUCCCUAUAAAAUAUCACUAGCACUUGUUGCGGGGAAUGUCAAGUACCAAUUCUUUGGUUGAGCACUGUGUUUACAAUGACCAUUUAUUCCACACUUGAACAAUAUUUGAAUACACAUUGAUUAACAAAACUGGUUGAAGCGAACUGAGACAAAGAUUAAAUCAAAUCAAUGAACUGAA